AAGCAAAAUUGAAGCUGCGCUUGCGCCGGCGCGCGGAGUCAGUCCCAGUCGGCAGCGCGCGUUCGGCCCGCAGCCACCACUUGAAAUUCCACGGGAGGUGAUCUAUCGAAUUAAGAUACGAUGAGGGGACGUUUGGUGCUGCUGGCUCUGCUGGUGGCAAUCGUCUGCACCGCAGACGCAGAGAAACACCGUCGUCGUCACCGGCGGCUGCGCACGACGACCACGGAGACGCCGCAGCGGCCGGCACCGCCGCGCGAGGAGGCCGAGGCGGAGCAUCUCGAGCUGGGCAUGGCGGAGCGCCUCGACGAGCGCCGUUUCCAGGAAUCCGAGAAAGCACGAGUCAAUGAAAUUCUGAAUGAAAACUCAAACGAAGGAAAUUCUGACAACGAAGUGUUUAUUGAUGACCCCUGCCUGAAGGUGCACUGCAGCGCUGGCCGUGUCUGCGAGAUUGACGAACAUGGAGACGCCGUCUGCAACUGCAUCAAGGAGUGCCCUUACGAGACCGACUCCCGCCGCAAGGUGUGCACACACCACAAUGAAACGUGGUCGUCUGACUGCGAGGUGUACCGCCAACGCUGCCUCUGCCUCGACAACUCGGAGCUGUGCCGCGGCCCGCAGUACCACCAUGUGCAGAUCGACUACUACGGCGCCUGCCGCGAGAUGCCCGCGUGCACGGAGAGCGAGAUGUCGGACUUCCCGCGGCGCAUGCGCGACUGGCUGUUCAACAUUAUGAGGGACAUGGCGGAGCGCCGCGAGCUGACGCCGCACUACCUGCAGAUGGAGCGCGAGGCGGAGUCCAACCUCACGCGCCGCUGGACCAACGCCGCCAUCUGGAAGUGGUGCGACCUCGACGCACACGACAAUGACAGAUUCGUAUCCCGUCACGAGCUGUUCCCGAUCCGCGCGCCGCUGAUGGCUCUGGAGCAUUGCAUCGGGCCAUUCCUGGACCUCUGUGACGAGGACAACGACCACCGCAUCACGCUCGCCGAAUGGGGCAAGUGCCUUCAGCUCGAUGAGUACGAGCUGGAGGACCGCUGCGACGAGCUAACCGACGAGGCCUCUUAAAUGUUUUUUGUACAAAACUUUUAUAAUAAAAAUAAACAAUUGAAUACUUUUAAAUAACAAAUUUGUCAUUCAUAAUAAAAAUCUGAGAUUUUAGUAAUAAUGUAGAUAUAUUAUAAGAUUCUUUAUUUGCUAAGUUUCCUAAGGUCCUGAAGAGAAAACAGUGUGCCUUUUAAAUAUUAUUCGAUAAAAUUAUACUGUAUUACAUUAAAAAUAUACAGUGACAUAAAAAUGUAUUAAUAAUUGACUACUUACACUGUUCAAUGUUUCACUGUCGUGAUUUCAAACCAAAGUUUAUUAUGAUUUUAAAUCAAAGUUACAGUAAAACAUCUUUUCUAAACAUGUAGAUAUCUUUAUCGUGUAAUAAAUAAUACCAAGUUGAAAACUACUACUGAAAUAUGCAUUUAAUAUAAAUGGCAACACUGUGAUUGUACAACCAAAAACUUUUGUAAUUAAUUUGGAUAAUUUUAGUGUUUUUAAAUAAAGUGUUCAUUUUCUAAUAAAA